GUAGUGAGUUUCAGAUAACGGUAACUUUGCAAGUCAGUGUUUCAUUGUUGUUAGGAACGUUCAGGCGUUGUUUCUCGUCCUAGAUCACAACUGCAACUUGUCGGUUGUGGAGCACACACGAAGUGACUAGCGGCAGCGGGAGUCUCGGGUGUUUCUGUCCAGGCGACGCAAGGUGUGCGUUGGAGUUGCAAUGUGGAGCACGAGGGCUCUUUCCACAGUUAUGCCGGAACUAACAGUCUCUCCCAGGGUUGCACUGGUGGAUGAGAAGGUUUGUAUUGAGGCCAGGGGGCUACGACCCUCCCAGCGGGUGACACUCCAUGCCUCACUGAAAGAGAGGGCAGAGUUUGCAGCAUGUGGUCACUUCACAGCAGAUCAACACGGCUCCAUCAACCUCACAACACAAGCCUCUUGUGGAGGAACUUACACAGGGGUGGACGGCAUGGGCCUCAUGUGGAGUAUGACGCCGGCACCAGGGGAGUCCCCCACGGCCCGUCUCAGCAAGAGGGAUGUCGCAGAGCCAUUUUCAGUGCACUUCUCUCUGCUAGAAGGCCACCUGGACUUAGACCAUUGUGAUGUGUCGGCUAUUGUCACGGCAACGGCAGAGCGGUGGUACAAGGCCAGCAGUGUCAGGAGGAUCGCUGUGCGAGAGGGAAGACUGAGGGGCACAUUGUUCCUGCCAGCAGGCGAUGGUCCUUUUCCAGGAGUGAUUGAUAUGUUCGGCUCCACGGGAGGUUUAGUUGAGACCAGAGCGGCACUUUUAGCGUCCCAUGGGUUUGCUGCUUUGGCUCUCGGCUACCUAGGAUAUGAUGACCUUACAAAGAAUCUGGAAGAGCUUGACCUAGAUUACUUCCUUGAUGCUGUGGACUGGCUGCAGAGUCAUUCCGCCGUCUAUUUGACCGGCAUCGGAGUCAUUGGGGUCUCCAAGGGUGCGGAACUGGCCAUGCUUAUGGCGACAUUUUCCCCAAAGGUGACGGCAGUUGUCAGCAUCAGUGGUGCCAUGGCCUUCACAUUUUCUGACCUGAAGAGAAUCGGUGGCGAUGACAUCAAGGGAGUGGAAUUAGAUGUGAGUAGGGUAGUGUUUACAGAUGCUGGUGUGAUCACUCGAGAUGCCUACCCCGGCUGGGAGCAUGUCACUCAUCCCAUUUGGCAGAGUGAAGCCCGGUUCCUGUUGCUCUACGGAGAAGAUGAUCAGUCGUGGAACGUGCAGGGUGCCAAGGCCACAGUGAAUUCACUACCAGUAGAGAAGAGGAAGAAGGUGGAGAUGAAGUUCUACCCUGGCACAGGCCACCUGAUCGAGCCGCCCUACACACCUCACUGCUACUCCUCAUUCCACAAAGUUGCAGGAAUAAACUUGGUGUGGGGAGGGUCUCCCAGGCCUCAUGCACAUGCUCAAGAGGAUGCCUGGCACAAAACACUGGACUUCCUGCAUUUACAUCUGGGUCAAGGUCAAGGUCAAGGUCCGGACCAAAAGGGAACCAGUCACAUGAAGAGUUCUCUUUGAUGGUGGCCCACCAACCACACCCUUCAUCAUGUUGCCAAAUUCAGCUCUACGCUGCGUGUAAUGGCAUCCAAGGUUAAAGAGUUGUGUGACAUUGCCAGUACUGGUAGAUGCCUGUUAGUGUUAAACUUCAGACGAUCACCAAUCAGGACAAAGUUGUUUGUCUUUACGCUGCCAUUUGAUAAGCAGAAUUAUUCAUCCAAAUUGUCAAACAUCUCCGAGAUUACUUGCCUUCCUGUUGUUCCUGUAUUGUUCAAGGAUGAACUAUAAGCAGGAUUUACUGGUCAUUUAACAUGGAGAUCUUGCAAUUACACUAACUUUGUAAUAUUAUUUUCCUGAGAAUUUUGAUUGUAAAAAACAUAUGGGAACUU